CUGAGACCGGCUCGGAACUUUCCAGAAAAGUCGCGGUCGUCUUGUCGGUGCGAGAGAAAGGGACGGGCAGGGGCUUGACUCGGCUGCUGUGGGGAUAGCUUUGCCUUGAAGUCAGCCUCUGUUUCAGCGAAAAGCGCGAGCGUGUGGUGAGUGUAAGGCCAAAGAAGAAGAAGAGGAAGAAGAGAAGGUAUCAGUUUCAUCAUGGUGAAGGAGACCACAUACUAUGAUGUACUUGGGGUAAAACCCAAUGCCUCCCAAGAGGAGCUGAAAAAAGCUUAUAGAAAACUGGCAUUGAAAUAUCAUCCUGACAAGAAUCCUAAUGAAGGUGAAAAGUUCAAACAGAUUUCUCAAGCCUAUGAAGUACUUUCUGACCCCAAGAAAAGAGAUUUGUAUGAUAAAGGUGGUGAACAAGCCAUAAAAGAGGGUGGAACAGGAAGCAGCUUUGGAUCACCCAUGGAUAUAUUUGAUAUGUUCUUUGGAGGAGGUGGAAGAAUGCAAAGAGAGAGGAGAGGCAAAAAUGUUGUUCAUCAGUUGUCAGUAACUCUAGAAGACUUGUACAAUGGAGCAACACGAAAACUAGCUCUACAGAAAAAUGUGAUUUGUGACAAAUGUGAAGGCCGAGGUGGUAAGAAAGGUGCAGUGGAGUGCUGCGUUAAUUGCAGAGGAACAGGCAUGCAAAUAAGAAUUCACCAGAUAGGACCUGGAAUGGUUCAGCAGAUCCAGUCUGUAUGUAUGGAAUGUCAAGGCCAUGGGGAGCGUAUCAGCCCCAAGGACAGGUGUAAAAGUUGCAAUGGAAGGAAGAUUGUUAGAGAAAAGAAAAUUUUGGAAGUCCAUAUUGAUAAAGGAAUGAAAGACGGUCAGAAGAUAACUUUUCAUGGUGAAGGUGACCAAGAACCAGGGUUGGAGCCAGGAGAUAUUAUAAUUGUCUUGGAUCAGAAAGACCAUUCUCUCUUUACAAGACGAGGUGAAGACCUGGUCAUGUCAAUGGAUAUCCAACUUGUUGAGGCACUGUGUGGCUUUCAAAAACCAAUUGCAAUGCUGGAUAACAGAACACUGAUAAUUACUUCCCAUCCUGGUCAAAUUGUCAAACAUGGAGAUAUUAAGUGUGUACUGAACGAAGGAAUGCCAAUCUAUCGUAGGCCAUAUGAAAAGGGUCGCCUGAUCAUUGAGUUUAAGGUGAUCUUUCCAGAUAGUGGCUUCCUUUCCUCAGAUAAGCUGUGUCUAUUGGAAAAGCUGCUACCUCCAAGGCAAGAAGUGGAAGAAACUGAAGAUAUGGAUCAGGUAGAGUUGGUGGACUUUGACCCAUCUCAGGAAAGACGACAGCAUUACAAUGGGGAAGCCUAUGAAGAUGAUGAACACCAUCCCAGAGGCGGUGUCCAGUGCCAGACAUCUUAAAAUGGCCUCAUGAUUCUCCUUGUGCUGCUUGUCCUGUAUGUCAGUUGUGGAUGAGUGAAGGACUACAGUUGCUAAACUCUCAAACUUGCCAUUGUCCCUGUACUAUUUAAACUUACUUGUUUUUAAAUCAAGUUAACAAAUUUAAAUCAGUAAAACUCAACACUUUAAUCAAGUUAAAAUGAUGUUCACAUUUCCAUAUGGCCUCCUAAGGAAACCAGAAGCCAAUUUUGCUCUGGAUUUUUUAUUUUGUGUAUCAUUAGUGUAUUGUGUGCAAAUGCACUGGCUUAGUAUUCAGUGAUUUCUGUUUAGUAUUAUAAAUUAUAUUCAUCCUUAAGUAUGCACAUGUAUUUAUGAUUCAUGUUAAAGAUGUGAAAUUAAAGUUUUGUAUUCAUCAGCUCCUAGAUACAUUGAUGUGUUUGGCUGUAUUGUGGUUGGUUCAGGCUUCACAAGGCAUCUGCAUGGCACUGUACCUUCCUGCCCUGAAAAGAUAAAGCUCUGCCCCAUCCCAUCCUAAAGCUUAAGCUAGAAUGCUGAAUUCUAGCAUGACUACUUGGGGAAAAACAGCUGAAAAUGUGCAGUGGCUCCUGUGGGAAUGAAAACGAAGUUGUUUAAGCUUUUGAAUAGGAUAUGCUUGACAAGUCAACACUGGAAGUCAUGAACUGAGCAGUGGCAUGAUUAUUUUUAGUAAUGGUAGAAAACUCGGUAGAACUUUAAGCUCUGGUUAGGAAAGCUUGACCAACUGAGCUACAUAGUUUCAGUGAUCCUAUUUUCAGAUUCUUAAAUUGCACAAGUACUUACAGAAAGCUUACUAAUAGUGGCUCAUCAUUGAAUUAGUCAUCAUAAUGACACUUUAUGUACAGUUAGUUUCUUAAAAGGGCUAUUUUCACUACUGGUCAUCUUAAAAUGCUACCUGAUAGUGACCUAGUUUGCAUGUAAUGGGGGAAUGCAUGAAUAGUUUAUGCUCUACUUAUGAUUAACAAUCCUGGGGUAUUCCAUUCCUCAAUUAUUUCAUGACAUGUGAAUCCAAAACUUGGGUAGUUCAGGUUUUUUAACUCAGAGUUGAUUGAGCUGCACAACCAUGGAGAACUGUUCUUAGUGCAUUAAAGUGCUCCACUCAUUUCUGGCAAUUCCUGGGUUAAACAAGCCAUGAAUUACAUUACAUGCAAACUUGGUAAUUGUAACUACAUGGAUAGCCUGUUAUGGACUUGUAUUAGUUCAUGCCUGAACCUCUAACUGGGAGAGGGCUUGAUGCAAGUGCCUCUUUUGAGACUCCAAUGUACCUAAGGUGACACUUGAUCUUUCUAAAAGUUUGGUUCUUAAUGUUUGACAGGCAUGUCCAGCACUAAUGCUGUAUAUACAGACCAAGCUGGCUAACAAAUACAGCAUUCCAAUUCCUUACGUAGUUUCCACACAGGUCUUACCCAUUUUCAGGCUUUAAUGUACAACUUUUCCCUAGUCACUUAAGUCUGGCAGGGGUUUGAUCAAGUUAUAUAGCAGAUUAUCAUGGUCCUUGUGAUAAGGAUGAGUUAGUGGAUUGAGUAUGUGACUUUAAAAAUGCUUGCAUAUUGUACUUUAAACUGAGUUUCAACCCAUAGUGGGAAAAUAAAUGCUGUCCUUACUUCUAA